UCUAUUUUGACAGUCAGGCAUUACUUUGAUCUGUUUAACAGUGGCAUUUUUUGGUAUAUAUUUUGAUUGUGUGUGCUCUCUCUCUCUGUCGUUAUGAAUACCGACUCAUUUGAAAAGCCAUCGAUGUCACUUCCUGUAAGCCAUGUUUCUGGGAAUUACCCGAGUUCUGCCCAAGAGCAUAUAUUACUGAACAGUACAAGGGAACAUUGCCAUUCUUUGUAUUGCAUUCAAGCGAAGAAUACGAUUUAAGUUUGUUUGAAAAGUUGCUGUUAGUCUUUUGGAAUCAAAACAAAGUGGUUUUUUUAAAAACUCUCACAUACUUUGUACAAUGGCAGUGGUUCGAUGGAUUGGACGUUUCUUAUUGCUAGGCAUUCUGGUCGCUCAAGCCGCUGUAUUUUCACACUAUGCAAGCUUUUACUUGAAGAACAAAGUUUUUUAUCUCUUGGUUCUGCUUGUUCUUCCAGUGAUUGUCACUUAUGCCGUUCUCGUGGCAAAGAAAACUAAACAGCUUAAUUGGCAGUGGUUGGUAUGGCUAGUCUACGUCAUCUUUGUUCUUGUCCCCAUGGUAAUUCUCCUCUUCAGGAUCGAUUUUACGAAGAAACUCGACAAGAACGACUUCUUUGGGCCAAACUUUCUUAAGAUCACCAUAUGCGGAGCACCUGCCAUCGCAGUUUUCCUUCUAACGACAGCAAAGGACUCCCAAAAGUACAAAGGGUCWGUGRCGCAGUUAUGUGGGUCGAUCGCUCUGGAUUCAUUCGACGAACUGGAGCUGUUAGAAAUGCUACUGCACCAAGAGAUAGCUUCCCAUUUCWCRWCSGGCAUUGAAGCGAGCAUCAUAUUCUUUGUUUGCGCUAGCUUCUUUUUGACAGCUUAUGAAAUGGCAGAAAAUGAAUUCGAUGGAUAUAAAAUGGAACUUCGAAAUGACGGUGUUUACAUUAUAAGACUUAUCCUCCAAACGCUACUCGUCAAUAUCCCUCUGUUGACAAUUCGUCUUGUUGUAUGGAGGAAAUACGGACACGAUGCGUCGAUUUUCAUCGCUAAGAAUGCCAUCAUCAUCGUCACCUCGUCGAUGGAGAUUUUAAGAGUAAUCAUUGAACACGCGUAAGCAGGCGUAUAUAUAUUCAGAAAAAUAUAUGAACAUAAAUGUAGAAAAAAUUGAAUACUGAUACGGGGUAUUGUAUCCUAAGAACGAAUUGCAUUGUUAAUCAUUUUAUCUCCACUCACUUUUUAAAAGGAGUUUCAUGUUUUUGGUUUCGUUAUCAAGUACUUCAAUGCAAAGUAAUCUAGUUUAGAAUUUUUAGAAUUCUUAAUUUGAAACGCAUCUAACUUGAGGUGUUAUAUCAACAGUGCAUUGCGAUAUUGGAAUACACAAUACAGCAUGACAUUGUCUAGUAGUCAACGUUAUCACAAAUAUCUUUAUACGUAAAAAAAAGUGUUAAAUUAAUAUACUGUUUAUGAACUAUA